UAAACGUAAAGAAAACAAAUGCAACUUCUUAGCCAAUGCUAAUCUUAUGCGCUGUCCAGACAGCCGCUAAGCUUCUGCUUCUGCCUUGUCAAUCUUCCACGUAGACUGAAACCUACCUACACCUUUCUGCCACGUAAAAUACACGCGCCUCUUCUUCUUCCUCCUCCUCCUCCUUUCCUCUAAGAAGAGAUUUCAUUCAUAAAACUGCAGACGGCCACGGAACAAUCUCAGGGUUACCGGGCAUAAAGCGAACCGAACCAAACCAAACAAGGGAAAAGAAAAAAAAAAUGGAAAAUUGUGGCGCGUGUACAUACGCGCUUCAUAUUGCGCGUGGUUUUUCGGCAAUAUUGAAUCAGGGAACCAUCUAUGCCACAUAAUAGAAUAAUCUUUUGCAUAAAAGAGACCAAGAAUAGUCUGAUGGGGCAUGGUGGGUACCUCUCCCUCUCCUUCUAUGUGUAAAAAUUUCCACAAAAAAAAAAAAAAAGAACCCCAAUGUUUCUAAAUCCUCUUCGCCAAAGCAACAGUUUUGUUGUUUGAAGCGCUUUCUUGCUUGUAAGUUUCAUUUAUAAUCAGUUUUUCAAUCUCUUUUGUGUUUUUCUUGUUUCUGCUUUGUUGGUUGGUGGUGAUAUUCUGGAAUGCUUAUAACUGUUGGGCCAUGGCAAAUUAAAAGAAUUUCAUUUAAGAGUCUAAUUCAUGAACUGGGUAUUUAGUUUGGGAACUGUGAAAAGACAAGUAAAGCUGUAAUCUUGAGCUGAUUCCGAGGCUGUUGCGUUUCUGGGGUUGAGUUUUAGGUUCUCCAUAGUUGUAACACAGUGGUGAUAAGGAGGACAAUUGUGCAUAGAGAAUAAAUAGUCGAUGUUUGUGCGUUUGAAUUUGGAUUUUCUAGAUGGGAAUUUCUACGUGCUGGAGAUAUUAUGGUGAUGGAAUUGGUGCUUUACUUUGGUGUGUUUGGAUUUGGGAUUCCUAUCCUUUCACUUGGUAUCUAAAAAAGGCAAAAUGCUUUUAAUUAUUCUGUGUUAAAAUAUAAGAAAUUGAGAAUUUGGAACAAAUUCCCUUGCUCCGGGUUGGGAUUUGGUUCUAUUGAUUGUUUUCCUCAGUUAAAACCAUUGGUAGUGUAUCAUAGACAAGAGAACUUACAGGAGUUCCUCAGUUUUCUUGAGGUUUUAUUAGAUAUUUUUACCUGAGAAAGAGAUGCAGCGGGUUCGGUUUUCCUCCGAACAAGCUCCCGUGCAUAAACUAGGGGAUUCUCAAAUGACAUUAUCCCCCAAGUUUAGGUUAGCCGUUGUGCAAUCUUCUCUGUUGAAUGCUUCAUCAGAGUUGGAAUUGUCUUUAAGGGGAGAACCCUUGAUUCCGGGCCUUCCUGACGAUGUUGCGCUAAAUUGUCUCCUUCGGCUUCCAGUUGAGAGUCAUGCGGCUUGUAGAUCUGUUUGCAAGAGAUGGCAUUUACUUCUUGGCAGUAAAGAGCGUUUUUUCACAAGACGAAAAGAGUUCGGAUUCAAAGACCCUUGGCUGUUUGUGUUUGCUUUCCACAAGUGCACCGGGAGGAUUCAGUGGCAGGUUCUUGACCUCACUCAUCUCUCUUGGCAUACUAUCCCCUCAAUGCCUUGUAAAGACAAGGUUUGUCCCCAUGGAUUCCGAUGCAUUUCAAUCCCGCACGAGGGGACUCUCUUUGUCUGUGGGGGCAUGGUCUCUGAUGUAGAUUGCCCACUUGACUUGGUCCUCAAGUAUGAAAUGCAGAAAAACCGUUGGACUGUGAUGAAUCGGAUGAUUACCGCUAGGUCUUUUUUCGCAAGUGGGGUUAUUGAUGGAAUGGUUUAUGUGGCUGGAGGAAACAGCGGUAAUCUUUUCGAGCUGGACUCAGCUGAGGUUUUGGAUCCUCUGAAAGGCAAUUGGCGUCCCAUUGCGAGCAUGGGAACAAAUAUGGCCUCCUAUGAUGCUGCAGUUCUCAAUGGGAAGCUUCUUGUCACGGAAGGCUGGUUAUGGCCUUUCUAUGUCUCCCCGAGGGGUCAAGUUUAUGACCCGAGAACCAACAAUUGGGAAAGCAUGGCUGUUGGACUGAGAGAGGGCUGGACAGGUUCAAGCGUGGUGGUUUAUGGCCACUUGUUCGUGGUCUCCGAGCUCGAGAGAAUGAAACUUAAGGUAUAUGACGCAGGAACUGAUUCUUGGGAGCCAAUAGAAGGACCUCCUUUACCAGAACAGAUAUGCAAACCAUUUGCCGUAAAUGCCUGCGACUGCAGGAUUUAUGUCGUGGGUCGGAACCUUCACGUUGCGGUGGGCCAUAUCUCCAGGCUUAACAAUAAAAGCAAUUCUGAGAAGUGGAGCUUUGGUGUUCAAUGGUGUGUUGUUGAUGCUCCUGAUUGUUUCUCUGACUUGACGCCUUCGAGUUCUCAGGUUCUAUUUGCUUAGUUGUUUGAUUUUCCUUUGAUGUCGUCUUAUAUAUGGCCUUAAACUAAGUUGUAAUUACUUGAAAUAGUUAGCUUUGUAGAGUGCUAAUAUCUGUGUGAAAGGAGUUUUGGUGGUUAUGGGGUUGUAAUGAAUGUACAAGUAGUUUUGCUCUUUUCCUAAUUUUUCACCUGUUUUCUCAGUGAUUGGUACCUUGGUAUAUUUACUAUUCUUGUCUUUUA